UUCCUCCGCGCAAGUCGGGGCAGCCGCGGGGUCCCGCAGCCCCUGUGACACACAGAAAUAGCUGCCGCCUCACCCCGGCGUCACUGUUGUUUUCCCCUCCCCGCCCUAGGAGAGGCAGCGAUGUCUGUUCCGCGCCCAAGCUGCCUCCUGGUGCCUGCGUGGGGACGGCGCUGCGCGGGGCCCGAGCGCUCCUGACAUCCCCACUCUGCUUGGUGCAGACCCUCGUCCCAGCUCCAGCCUGUGUCGCUACCCAAAGCCUAAGCCCUUUUCCCCGUGACAAGAGUCCUUUGUCCUGCAGCCUUUGGGAGCCUUCUUCUGGGCUCUGAGGCCAAAAGCUGCCCCCUCUGAAAAUGCUGCGUUAUUGGGGUGAGAUUCCAGUCUCCUCCAGCCAGGCCAACCGCAGCUCCUUCGACCUGCUGCAGCGUGAGUUUCGCACCGUGGAAGUCCAAGAUCCUCCCUUGCACCAGCCGUCCGCCAACAAGCCCCGGCCCACCACCAUGCUGGACAUCCCCUCGGAGCCCUGCAGCCUCACCAUCCACACCAUCCAGCUCAUCCAGCACAACCGGCGGCUGCGCAGCCUGAUCGCCGCGGCCCAGGCUCAGAACCAGCAGCAAGCAGAGGGCAUUAAAACUGAAGACAACGAACCUCUGCCAGCUUGUCCGGCCUCUCCGCCUCUCCCUGAUGACCUGCUUCCUCUGGAUAGCAAAACCCCCAAAAUGCCAUUUCAGCUGAGGCACAGUGACCCAGAGAGUGAUUUCUACAGAGGAAAAGGGGAGCCAGUGACUGAACUGAGUUGGUCCUCCUGCCGGCAGCUUCUCUACCAGUCAAUGGCCACCAUCCUGGCACACACAGGCUUCGAGUGUGCCAAUGAAAGUGUCCUGGAGACCCUGACAGACAUUGCCCACGAGUACUGCUUGAAGUUCACCAAACUGCUGCGCUUUGCUGUGGAUCGAGAAGCUCGACUUGGGCACACCCCUUUCCCUGAUGUCAUGGAGCAGGUCUUCCAUGAAGUGGGCAUUGGCAGCGUGCUCUCGCUGCAGAAGUUCUGGCAACACCGCAUUAAGGAUUAUCACAGCUACAUGCUUCAGGUUAGCAAGCAGCUUUCUGAAGAGUAUGAGAAGAUUGUCAACCCUGAAAAGGCAGCAGAGGACACAAAGCCUGUGAAGAUUAAGGAGGAACCUGUUAGUGAUAUUACUUUCCCAAUCAGUGAGGAACUGGAAGGAGAUCUGGCUUCUGGUGACCAGUCUUUGCCUGUUGGAGUCCUUGGAGCUCAAAGCGAGCGCUUUUCUGCCAACUUGGAAGUAGAAGCUUCCCCACAGACUUCAGGGGCUGAGGUGAAUGCUUCCCCACUCUGGAACUUGGCACAGGUAAAAAUGGAGCCACAGGAAAAUGAGGAGUCCAAUGUACAUGGCCAUGGGGUCUUGGGCAGCGAUGUCUUUGAGGAACCAAUGUCAGGCAUGAGCGAAGCUGGGAUGCCACAGAGCCCCAAUGGCUCGGAGAGCAGCUAUGGUUCUCAUUCUGCUGACAGUCUGAUGGGAUCCUCUCCUGUCUUCAACCAACGUUGCAAGAAAAAGAUGAAGAAGAUGUGAAAAGGGACAGUAUUUUUAUUUAGGCCUGAUGGUAUAUAAUACUCUUGAAACAAACUAAGGGUGCACUGUGAUGGCUAUGAUUCCUAAACAAGGCUGGUUCUGCUGUGUGAGGGACCUUGCAUACAAUUAGUAUGAGACAUUAGAUGUAUACUGCACUUCAGCUCCCCUCUUUGCUGUCUUCUGUACUCCAUGCUGACUCAUGAGAUGGAAGAUCACCCUAUAUGUUUGAUGGCGUCAUGGCUUGCUUGGACAGAUUAAUGAAGAAGUUACCAGUGGAAAGGAGUUGUGGGGUGAUUUGCUAAGUCAUAGAAUCAUUGAGUAAUUUGAGUUGAAGGGAUGUCUUGAGGUUUCUAGUCUCUAGUCCACCAACCUGCUUGAAACGCAGCCAAUUAGACCCAGUUGCUUAAGGCCUUGUCCAGUUGAGUUUUGAAUAUCUCCAAGGAUGGUGAUGCCAGACCUCUUUGGGUAUAUUCUCAUAUUUGACUACCCUCAUAGUAAGAACAAAUAUAUUCUUGCAUCCUGUUGGAAUUUCCCAUGUUCCAACUUGUGUUUAUUGCCUCUGUUCUGUCAUUGUUCAUCUCCAAGAAGAGUCUGACUGUCUUCUCUACUCCUCCCAUGAUGUGGUUUUAUACAAUGAGAUCUCUCUUUAGCUUCUUAAGUCUGAAGAAACCAAGCUCCCUGAGCCUCUCUCCUUGUACGUGCUGUGCUCUGUCCCCCUCAUCAGCUUUGUGGCCUUCCACUGAAAUUGCCGUAGUGCCUUUCUUGUAAGGGGGGGAGCACAAAAGUGGAUGCAAUCCUUGAGGUAUGGUUUUGCAAGCACUGAAUACAGAGAAAUAACAGUUUUCCUCAAGGAACUGACUACAUUUUUGCUAACUGUUGCAGGCAACAAGACAGGUCUUAAGUCAGAUUAUUUCACUAGUCCUGGUUUGGGCGCUCAAACCAGGACAUCAGUGGUUGGUAGUGGUUGCUGCUACUGCAGCUGACCUCCCAAAGAUGCUGUAGAGUGGCCUCACAGUUCCCUCAGCCAGCUCCUUCAGUGCCUUCAGAUGCAUCCUGUCUGGUUCUAUGGUCUUAGAUAUGUGCAGUUGACUUAAGUUCUUGCUAACUCUUCCUCUGCUGUAGAUUCUGUUAGUAGACCCUGGGACAUAGCAGGCCUGAAGGCAGACCUUAUCAGUGAAAAAACACACAAAAAAAGAUAUAUACUACAUCAGCCUCAAAGUACAAAGUGCAUCCUUUGUCACCAGGUUGCCUUCAUUGUUGAACAGUAAACUCAUGUUCUCCUAAUUCUUUUUCUGUCGCUUCUAGUGUGCUUAAAAAAGCCCUUCACAUUUCUUACCAGUUUCAGCUCCAGCUGAGCUUUGUCCUUCCUAACUGUCCCUGCAUGCUUGGGCUGUGUUUCUAGAUCCCUGCUGGCCAGCCCGUCCUCACUUCCACCUCUGUGUACUUUUUACUGUUGUGUUUGAGCUCAGUCAGGAGUUCCGUGGUCAUCUGUGCUGGCCUUCUGUCAUGCUUGCUUUACUUUCUGCUCAUCAGAAAGGACUUUUUCUGCUUUGAGAAAGCUGGCUUUGAAGGUAGGGCAGCAUUCUUGGGCCCCUUUGGGAGAUCCUGCCAAGGCAUUCCUCAAAUAAACAAAAAAUGUUGUUCUUAAGGUCCAGGACUCUGUCUUGUACUUAUUUCUCAGGAUUUUAAAAGCUACAAUUCCAUGUCAGCUGCAGCCAAGGCCUUCACAUUCUCCAACAAUUUUUCCUUUUUAGUAACAAGUUCAGCAGAGCUUCUUCUUUAGUUGAUUUCUUAAUCAUCUGGUCAGGGAAGCUGAUGUCGUUUUCAGGAGAAAAGGAAGCAGCUUCUACUGAUGGUGUGAGCCAGUACUGGCAAUGCAAACUUUUCCUUUGCUCUCAUUGGAUUGAGUGCAGAAACUUCAGGCCAGCAGAGGUUUUAUUCAAAGUUGUUAUCUUGACAACUUAGUCUGAAACAGAAUCUAUUUUGCUGGUUGCUUUUAUGGCUUAACUUGACUGAUGGCCUUUUUUUUUGUUCUGCACAAUCUUCAGUUGAUCAGCUCAGUCUUAAACUUGAUUCAGUGAGUAUCUCUCUCAAAAAAACUAGAAUGAACAUGAAUCAAGAAUGAACAGCCACUUAAACUGGCUUUAUACCUGUAAUCCACUGGGAUGUUUGAGGGAGAUUUACCAAACUUCCCAUUUGUCCUUAAAAUUGCAAGUUUAUCUUUUGAAAGAAUGAGCUCCAGGCAUAGUAUUUUUGUUUCUGUAUAACAUGCCUAGCCUUAAUUCUUUUUUCUUAACUGUAUUUCUUUUCUGCUUUAUAGAGGUGGAAGCCAAACAUAAAAUUCCCCAAUGUCUAAUAAGAAUGUGUGACCACAGGCUUUUAUGGACAUUAGAGUUAAAAUUGUCCACUGCAGUUUUAAAGGUUUAUCCCAGGGGGUAAAUUCUAGCUAUUUGAAGCCUAGUCAGCAGUAGAACAGUGGACCAGUGUAUCUGGAAAUCUUUAUUUUGAUUCCCUCUGAGUCACCAUUAGGCAUGCUGCAAUGUCCCUGUUUUCUCAGCUGUAAAUAACGAAGCAGUACUAUUUGCCUUAGAAAUGUUGUUGAGAUUUAGUUACUAUUCAAAAAAGGCACUGGGAUCCUUCAGAGAGUUUUGUGAGAGUUUUGAUCUCCUCCCUUUGUGUAGGGCUGCUGCUGGCUGGAGAAUACUGAGAUGGUCACUGAAAUGCUACUGACCUAUAUGAUAAACAUUUUGAGCAAAACUGUUUAUCAUGAAGAAAUACAUGAUAGUUGUGCUGUUCAACUGCCCAGGUAUAAGGAAGGCAAUUGGGGUAGUAUCUUCUCACUCAGCCUUAGAUGUCUGCAUCUGAAUUAGUAUAAAGCAGGUUAAAUGAAUGACGUUUUCAGAAAUGUCUAUUUUUUCCUUUGUGUCCCCAUAAAGUGACUUCAACUUGCCUACCUCAGCUGAAGACAUCCACACCAUCAGUGUCUGAGUUAAGAGACCUGAAUUUAGCUCUUCCUCUCUGGGAAUCAGAGGAGACUUACUCCUGCUGGGCUGAUGCUUUUUCUCUUUCACACAUCUUGUAGAGCUGUUGAAAUGGUAGUACAGGGCUAAAAGCAGACUGCCCAUCUUGCCUAUAACAGCAGGUCUGCUGCUCUCCACAGCACAGAAUGUGCUAGGCUGGGGCCUCAAGACUCAGCUUGAUUUGGCCCUUGUGUCUUUAAUACUAUGUGAGAAGACCUGUCAUCAUGCUUUUCUCCAUAGAUGCUUUGCCAGACUGUUGUACCAGAGUAUUCUUGAAGCUGGAGCACCUAAAUAAAUUCCUUUGCACUAUUUUCAGUGGCUGCUGCCAGCGUUGCUUGCUCAUCUGCAAGAUUUCAAGUGAGCUGCCGUUCCCUGGGGCUUUGGUUAAACCUUUUAAGCAUCAAUCUUAAGUGCUUUCUUUAUAUUGCUCGUGUAGAGGUGUCCUGUCUUGCUUUUAACUGUGUUUUUGUAUUUCAUAUCCUUUUCCCAUACCCAUUUCACACCGUAACACACACUUUGCAAGAAGUCGAGCAUGAAUGCUUCAAGUGUAUUUAAAUACAGUAGAAAUUCACCCUCCGUUGACUCAGCUAUAUUGUUGCAGUGUAAGAAAGAGAGGUUACUGACUCUCUUUAGGAUGCACGUUUAUGCAGAAAUGAGAAAUGCAUCAAUAUUACUUGUACAUUUCAAAAUGAUAGUAGAGUAAAAUCUGCACCUCCCAUUCCCCCCAUUAUGCUAAGUGUAGCUUCUUGACGUUUGUGUGCUUGAUGUUGCCUUUUAUGCCUGUGCAAGCUAGACCCUCUGGGUGAGCCCUUCCCCUCUGAAUGUUUGCUGUCCUUGGAUUUACAGUGGUGGUCAUCAUGCAUGAAAUAGUGAAAUUUCAGAUGUAGCUCACAAAGAGAGAUACAGACCUUAUGCCUUUUUGAUGAAUCAUGUAAGAUUUUGCUAGGUGUUAAUGCAUCUGUGAGCAACUAGUGAGGAGUUCAUUGACCAUGUAAUCCCCAAAGCCAUGGGUAGAUGAUGCAGUGGGUUGGAAUGAAGCUCAGCUCUCACAUUUGUCAUUUUUUUGCUGCUGGCUGGUGAAAAGCCCUGCAGACCCACCUGCUUCAGUAAUCUGCAGUUUUGUUGGUUCUUUCUUCUUUCUCCCUUCUCUUUCCAAAGGUGAGUGGGUGGCAAAUUGGAAUGUUGAGUAUUGAGCACAUCCAUAUCCAGUAGCACUCAUGUCUUUAGUGAUUUGUUUUGGUAUGAUUGAAAUUGGUGGGACCUUUGAUAUCAAUUUAGAGAGCAAGAUCUGUGAAUGACUUGGCUUUUGAAGUGUUUUGCAUGGGAAUCAUUACAGGAUUGUAGUUAAGAGAGCACUCAGUAUCAUAUUCCUUUUUCCCUCUAGCAAGAAGUUUUUAUUCCUUUUGAAGAGUUUUGCCUGGCAUCCAACAAAGGUCCCCAUAUAAAUGACAGUGUAACAACUUCAGUGUACAGCUGUGUGUCAGAUGAUUCUGCUACUUAGUGAUUUAAUUCCAAGACCAUCCAUGCUAAUAUGCAUAAUGCUGUGCAGAAAGAGAGAUGUUCCCUGCAUAGAAAUUUACAAUUUAAAAAGAAAACAGGAAAAUAAGAUUAGGUAAGGUAGGUGAGGCCAAUCUGAUUAUGUGCUCAAUUCUGAGACUAAUGCACAUGUUAUUCUGAAGAAUGUUUUACUUAAAAUGUUUUUGUACAUGCAUGUGAGUGGAAAUAUGUAAUUUUGCGUGUGUUUAUAUGGAACAAAAUUGCUUGGAAAUAUUUCAGAAUUGUUGUUUUGUGUUUGGUUCCCCCCAUCCCCCCUUGCUCUCCUGGAGAGAGUUUCUUUGUAAUUUCUAAUACAAUAAUAUGAAAUAAUUAUUCAGAAAUAAAAAUCCUAAAGAUGUUGUGAGGA